GCAGGAGGGUUUGGUAGCGUUGCCGUGCGGUGUGUGAUCCGCGCGCCGCGUGUAUGGAGGAAGCAGCUGCUGGUCUGAUCUCUGACAUUGUGUGAGACAGACAUCUGAAUAAACUGCUGCGCACGAACGUGUCCUUUUAAACACACACACCACAGCGAGGCACGCCGUGCAUGAAUAAUCGCCAUGGUCAUAUUGUAGGUCAAACCAUCUGGUGUCUGUUGUAGUCUUAACAUGUAUCCACUCCUGUACAUGUUGGUAUGUACCGAAGCCUCAGAAGGACCUCUUUGGUUUAAUGGGUCCAAUCAUUGGAAUGUCACCAGAUAAGAAAACGGAAAUCCCGGGUAUGCAAGAGGAGCGGACGGGGCUCAGAGGUGUCUGUGGUGUAGGAACACUGCCCGAGGCAGAGUGUGCAUCCAGUCCACUGGCAACCAGUGUGGAUCGCACUGGAGGCGCGGAGGACGAGGAGCUCACCAACCUCAACUGGCUUCACGAGAACCUGCUUCAGAACUUCACACUUGGGGGCCCCGAAGCUCAGCCCAGUGGAAGCCCCCUUUUUGACAUAGAGGGAGACUACGGGUCGAGCCAGGGCCCUACAUCCUCCUCAUCCUCAGCACACAGCAGAAGUAGGGAGCGGGACUCGUUGAAGUCUAAACCCCCCUUCUCUUUUUCUCUGCUCAUCUACAUGGCCAUUGAGCAGUCUCCCAGCAAGUCUCUGCCUGUUAAAGAAAUCUAUGGCUGGAUUCUUGAGCACUUCCCUUAUUUCUCAAAUGCUCCCACUGGCUGGAAGAACUCAGUUCGUCACAACUUGUCCCUCAACAAAUGCUUCCGCAAGGUGGAGAGGAGUUUGGGAAAGGCCAAUGGAAAAGGUUCUCUUUGGUGUGUGGACCCAGAGUACCGCCCCAACUUGAUCCAAGCCCUUAAGAAGCAGCACUUCCCUGCCGCACAUGCCUUCUGCACACCACCCGCCUCCCCACCCCGUGCCUCCUCACCUCCCCACCACUUUCUAGAAGGCUGCUCAUUCAAAGAGUCUGAUAUUGAUGCUGCCACUGCCAUGAUGCUCUUAAACUCUGCCCCCGGGCACCACGUUGACCCAUGCAAUUCUGACGGCCCACUGGACCUCUCCAGACCCGACGCCUUUCUGGUGAGCAGUGAUCCAAAGCAGGACCACAACUACAGCAGUGCAGCCCUGCAGCGCUGCUCUUCCCGUUCCUCCUCCUCGUCUCUAUCCUCUCUGGAUGAGGGAGGCUGUGACCGCAGGCAGUCCCGCCGUGCCGGCAGCGAGGGCUUCCACAGUGACGAGGACUCCGACCUCUGGGACGAGAGGGGCACCCACCAGACUUCACGGCGUCCACCCGCGAUCAAGUGGCCUGUCCGCAAGAGGGCACGACGUGAGGCCAAGCCGGAGCUAGAUGACGAGCUGAAGGAAGCUGCCGGCUCUUUGUUGCACCUCGCUGGUAUACGCAGCUGAAUUUGAGGGCUCCAAAUGUACUGUCAAGAGCACAAACUUAACAGGAAAUUAAGAUAAUUUUUUUUGCCCCUAUCAUACUCCGGACCCUGUGAACCCUAACCUCUGACUCUUGAUCUUGUGUCCCAGUGUGCCUCCUUCUCCUUAUCUGAUCGUUCACUGGCCAUUUUGAGCCUUUUUUGUUUGGGAAAAUUCCUGUCCAACAAAACAAAUGGCAAUAGUAUCGUUCAUACAGGAGAACAAAGCCAUAUAGAGACUUUUGUAACUCGGGGUGGGGGUGAUUGCUGGGAAUGGGUGUUUGGGCUAUGGAGGACCAUCAAGAUACCUAUCCACAAUGACCUGCCUGCAUCUGUUAGACUGGAAAAUUGUGAUUCAAGAUUUCUUUUUUUUUUUUCUGAAAGACAGUGUGACAAGCUGAAGGUUUUAUUACUCAAAGCGUUGCAUGCUUCCUCCUCAAACCUGUAUCCUCUUCCAAGUGAAUCUAUUUAUGAAGCGAAUGAGUGCAUGUUUGUAACAGACAAAAUCUAACCUCCUGUUAUCAAUUUCUCCUUUUUUUGUGCUAAACAGAAAAAAUGCCAACAUUUUGAAAGGAAUUCUUGAUCUAUGUUUCCUCUUGUAAGAGAGAUGCAAUAAUCGAUCCACAACCUUUAUGGAAAUAGUAUUACUCUGCCACUGCCAAAUUUUGUUGCAAAGUUAGCUAUACUACUUUGCUCCGUUUUGUGCGGCCAAUACAGUGCUAAACAAGUUAAAGCUGUUGGCUUUUGGUUUUUGUAUGCUAACGAAGAUUUAUUUUCGCCAAAGAUAUGCAAUUGCAUUAUAUAUGGUAUUAAAAAUAUUAAUAAAACCUGUUCUUGUUA